ACUCUCCCAAGAGCGCCUUCUCUCCCCCACCCCGCACUCCUCAACCCACCCACCUACUUCCUCCGGCUCCAUACACACACGAGCACAGAGCUGCCAAAAAUUUCCACCCUCCGCCCCCCUCCCUGGCUAACUUCCUUCCAGCAUUUCCUGAGCUGGAUGAUCCUAGGAUUUGUAAGACAGGAAAAAAAGGAAGGCGUGAGGGCGGGCGGAGAGACAGGAUGCUUGUUUUUCGCUUUACCAAAGCCGUCUGAAGGCAGGACCGCGGGCGCAGGGAGACGACCCGCCGCCGCCGCUGGGCUGUCCCCGCGCCCCUCGCAGCUGCCGGUGCCCUGCGCUCUCGUCCCACCCCGGGGCAUCUGGAAAGGCAGAAGGGAGAGCUCGCCCUCCCUCUGAAGCAGAGGAAAACACCCGAAGACGCCGCGGGAGCCUGUGAAAGUCCCUGGGACUCCAAGUGAGGAAGUGACACUCCCAAGCCGGGCGCCCGCAGCCGCCAGCUCUGCACGGCCUCCGGCACCGCGGCCCUGGAGCAGCGCGCGGUGGAUUCCAGGCUCCGCGCCCGCGCCGGGCUCAGCGCCCCGCGGGGUCCAUGCGCACUGCCCCGGGCCCAAGUUCUUCUGGACGCCCAUGCGGCCCCCCAGAGCGGCUCUGCAACCAGUGAGCUAACCCGGGAGACCGUCUUCGGCGCGGUGCCAAGCAGAGGGGUGGGGGAGACAGAGGGGCGACCUCUUUGGGACUAACUCAUGAAGAACAAGGGUGCCAAGCAGAAGCUGAAACGAAAGGGAGCCGCCAGUGCCUUUGGAUGUGACCUGACCGAGUAUCUGGAAAGCUCCGGACAGGAUGUUCCAUAUGUACUGAAGAGCUGUGCAGAAUUUAUAGAGACUCACGGCAUUGUGGAUGGAAUUUAUCGGCUGUCAGGAGUCACCUCAAACAUACAACGGCUAAGGCAAGAGUUUGGCUCAGAUCAAUGUCCAGAUCUGACAAGAGAAGUGUACCUCCAGGACAUCCACUGUGUGGGCUCACUCUGCAAGUUAUACUUUAGGGAGCUGCCCAACCCCCUCCUGACUUAUGAGCUCUAUGAGAAAUUCACGGAAGCAGUGUCACACUGUCCAGAAGAAGGCCAACUGGCCAGAAUCCAAAAUGUUAUCCAGGAGCUUCCCCCAUCCCAUUAUAGGACCUUGGAAUACCUGAUUCGACACCUGGCCCACAUUGCCUCCUUCAGCAGCAAGACCAACAUGCACGCCAGGAACCUGGCCCUUGUGUGGGCACCAAACCUCCUCAGGUCCAAAGAAAUUGAAGCCUCUGGUUGCAAUGGAGAUGCAGCCUUCCUUGCAGUCCGGGUCCAGCAGGUGGUGAUUGAGUUCAUAUUGAAUCAUGUGGAUCAGAUCUUUAACAGCGGCGCACCAGGGUCUCUGGAGAAUGAUGGAAACCGGCCCAUCAUGAAGAGUCUGACCUUGCCAGCCCUCUCCCUGCCCAUGAAGCUGGUAAGCCUGGAGGAAGCUCAGGCCCGGAGCUUGGCUACUAACCAUCCAGCUCGGAAGGAAAGACGGGAAAACAGCCUGCCUGAGAUCGUCCCUCCCAUGGGCACCCUUUUCCACACUGUCCUUGAGUUACCAGACAGCAAAAGAAAGCUCUCCAGUAAAUCAAAGAAGUGGAAAUCAAUAUUUAACCUGGGACGUUCUGGAUCAGACUCGAAAUCAAAGCUAAGUAGAAAUGGCAGCGUAUUUGUGAGAGGACAAAGGCUCUCAGUGGAAAAGGCGACUAUCCGACCAGCGAAAAGCAUGGAUUCACUGUGCUCAGUUCCUGUGGAAGGAAAAGAAACAAAAGGAAAUUUCAAUCGAACAGUCACCACGGGUGGAUUUUUUAUUCCAGCUGGGAAAAUGCACUCAGCCAGCACUGGCAGUUCUUGUGACCUCAGCAAGCAAGAGGUUGAAUGGGGUCCACAGGGGAUGCCGGCGGGGGCUGAGGGAGGCUUUGACAUGAGCAGUGACCGAAACCAACUCCAGGGCACUCAGGCCCGGCCCCCACCUGAGCAGCUGAAGGUUUUCCGACCCAUUGAGGAUCCCGAAGGCGAGCAAACAGCCCCGAAGAUGCUGGGCAUGUUCUACACCUCCAAUGACAGUUCUAGCAAAUCUGUAUUCACCAGCAGCCUCUUCCAGAUGGAGCCCUCGCCCCGUCACCAGCGCAAGGCCCUGAACAUCUCCGAGCCCUUUGCUGUGUCCGUGCCACUCCGUGUGUCAGCUGUCAUCAGCACCAACAGUACCCCAUGCAGAACACCCCCAAAGGAACUGCAGUCUCUUUCCAGCCUAGAAGAGUUUUCUUUCCAAGGGCCAGAGAGUGGAGGUUGGCCUGAAGAGGAGAAGCCACCAGUAGCUGAGACUUCAGCAUCUGCACCUAAGAAGGUGUCUCCAGAAGAUGCCAAACCAGUAUCUGAAGCAGUGAGGACAGUGGAAUGCAGCAAAGGCCUUCCUUUGGAGCCAGACACCCAACUGGAGAAGAAAACCUCAGAAAUCCUCAUGGACUGUCAACAUUCAAGUGAAUUAGAAAAGAGGCUGAAUCCAGAGAAGGCGGUGAAGGAGGGAGGAGAGGCUGACCAGACGGAGUCCGGUGCUCCACAGGAGAGCCCCAGGGCCAGAACUGAAGCAGUGUUUCCCCAUGAGAUGGAUGAAGAUGAUCUAGCUAAUGCCCUGAUCUGGCCUGAGAUUCAACAGGAGCUGAAAAUCAUUGAAUCUGAGGAGGAGCUCUCCUCGGUACCACCGCCUCCUGUAAAGACCAGCCCAACGCAGACCACUGAGCCCAGUCCUGGGACCUUGGUUUCCCCAGGGGCGCCCGGACACUUGCCUUGCGGCUCCGCCCCAGCUCCAGCUUCCGCCCUGCAGGGUGAGCGGGCGAGGGAUCCUGCCCAUCAGAGCACACAGGGGCCUUCUUCGGAGACCACCUGUGGCCUCCCGACCCCAGAACCGGACAAGGGCCGGCGCCCAGAUCCCAGCUGCCUGGCUCCCUUGGAAAUAGUUCCCUUUGAGACGGCCUCGCCACACGCAAGGGUACAGGUGGGAGACCCAGGGAAUCUCUCUCCUCUGCUCCCGCCUGCUCCUCCCCCUCCAACUCCCCUGGAGGAGGCACCCGCAGUCCUGCCACCCAAGGACAGCCCUGAGAGAGAAGAUGAUGCUUCCAAGAACUUGAGGACAGACCCAUCUAUCGAUCAGCUUAAGUGCAAAGGCAGCCCUGGGGUCCCCAGCCUUUGCCAGGGAGAAGACCCCUCUCCAGGACCAAGUGAAAAGCAAAAUUCAAACAAUGCAGCUCCAGAUGGAAAAGACUCUGGUUUUCCAAGCCCAACAAGGGUGGGCGACACCCCGCGACAAGGAGAGGGGGAUGUGGCCCAUUCAGUACAGGAGCCCUCCGACUGUGAUGAAGACGACACUGUGACAGACAUUGCCCAGCACGGCCUGGAGAUGGUGGAACCCUGGGAGGAGCCCCAGUGGGUGACCAGUCCCCUUCACUCCCCCACCCUGAAGGAUGUGCAAGAGGCCCAGAUGCAUAGCCUCCAGGGUCACCGAUUAGAGAAGAGGCUUUCCCACAGGCCCAGCCUACGCCAGAGCCAUUCCCUAGACAGCAAAACCACUGUCAAUGACCAGUGGACUCUUGGGGGCCCGUCUUCUAGCAGCUGUGCUAAUCUUGACACACAGAGGAAUUCUGACCCUCUGCAGCCCUUGGCACCCAACAGGGAGAUUACUGGAUGCGAUGAGAAAGUCUUGAGGUCCUUCAGGGAGUUCUCUGGCCUGAAAGGGACAGAAGCUCUUCCCUUCCAGAAGGGAUCAGAUGGUUUGCAGCCCAAACCAGCAGAAACCAGCCCUGUCAACCUAGCAGAGGGUAAGGAAUCAGGCACGCACCUGGGGCACAGCAACCUUCAGAUUGAGCAAGGUAGUGUACCGCAACCAGAGAGCAGCAAGGUGAGUUUACCUAUCACACAGGACAGCACCUCGCCUGGAGCGCACCCCCCGAAGUUACAGCUGAAGAGCACUGAGUGUGGGCCCCUAAAAGGAAAAAACAGGCCUUCUUCCCUCAACUUGGACGCUGCCAUCCCCAUUACUGACCUCUUUCGGUUUGAGAAUGUGGCCUCAUUUGCUUCACCUGGAAUGCAGCUCGCUGAGGCAGGAGACCCAAAGUUCUCGUGGAUGGCCUCACCUCACUGCAGAGUAGACCCCUGGAGGGUUUACUCCCAGGACACUCAGGACCUGGACAUUGUUGCUCACGCCCUGACAGGCCGCCGUAACUCAGCUCCUGUGAGUGUGUCAGCUGUGAGAACCUCCUUCAUGGUCAAAAUGUGCCAGGCCAGGGCAGUCCCAGUCAUCCCACCCAAGAUUCAGUACACACAGAUCCCACAGCCUCUACCCUCUCAGAGCACGGGGGAAAGUGGUGCUCAACCUCCGGACAGGGGCCAGGAGGAACCCAGCUCCACUAGUGGCACCUCUCAGAAACCUGCCAAAGACGAUUCUGUCUCCUCCUUAGACAGCCCGAAGGAAGAGAAACCAAAGCAAGAUAUGGGAGCCCACGAGUCCUCGCCAAUGGAUGCCUCUGCACGCCACAAGUGCGAGGGGCCCAUCCUUGCUCCAGACCCAGGACUGGCUAACUUGUCCACCCAGGAUGCAGCAGUGCAAUGCAGGAAGCGCACAUCAGAGACAGAACCAUUCGGGGACAACCUUUUUUCUUCAAAAAUAGAACGACCAUCAGGGGGUUCUAAGCCUUUCCACAGGUCAAGGCCAGGAAGACCUCAGAGCCUAAUCUUAUUUAGUCCUCCCUUCCCCAUUAUGGACCACCCACCCACCUCAUCCACAGAUUCCAAGGUCCUGCUGUCCCCUAUCAGAAGUCCCACCCAAACAGUUUCCCCUGGUCUUCUUUGUGGGGAAUUAGCUGAAAACACAUGGGUCACACCAGAAGGAGUUACUCUUAGGAAUAAAAUGACCAUCCCUAAGAAUGGUCAGAGACUAGAGACCUCAACCAGCUGUUUUUACCAGCCCCAGCGGAGAUCAGUGAUUCUGGAUGGAAGAAGUGGGAGGCAAAUAGAAUGACAUCAGUUCACCUGCUGGUGUUUGACAGAAAGUCAUGAUUCAUCUGGAAACUGUCACAGGGCCAACUUGUUUUUAUUCCAGACGCAAGUUAUCCAAGUUUGGGCUUAUUUGACCUCUUCUUUCUUCGGCCUUUUGACCAAUUAUUAAUUAGUUCAUCUGUCAGAAGAAAGGUCAAGGGAAGCACUGAGAGAUGGAAUUGAGUUGUAUUUAGAGCAGGCAGAAGAUCAGGCAAGGGAAGAGGAUGCAGGGCUUGCGUUCAGUGAGAUUUGGGGCUUAUUCGUGAGUUGUGUUAUUCCCCCAUUACCGUUACCUAUUACUGAUGAGUAUUGGCUAUGAUGUCUCCUGAAAGGAAAAGGUAUCCUUUGCGCCUGUUGGAAACUGUCGCUAUUGAGGUUGGAAGACUUCCUGUUUACUACAUGCUUUCUGAUGCUCUUUAAAGCAUGUGUUCUUUUAGACCAGUUUUCUGACAAGCUUUGUAAAGGUGUACUAUCCAGAAUAGAGGCAGAUUUCGAAAUGCAAACUAACAUACUUAGAUAUCCAAGUGGAUGGGUUCAACCUAUGCUCUUUCCCCUGAUUCCUUACAGACCUGUCUGAGAUAGCACCGUAGACCAGCAUAGAAAAUCAGAUUCUGUACUCAAGAGCAAAUUUUGAGACUGGCACAAUCCAAGACUCUGGUUCUUAUUAAUUUGAGCCUCCAAAUGUCAUAUCCUGACCUUUGAUUUGUGAAUUUCGUUGCUGGGCAGAGUGGGGCAGAGCUGAAGGUUACCACAGUGAAAUGUGCCAAAUCUCCAUUCAGGUGUGCAAUAGUGAUGUGAGCUGCUUUCUUUCCAGUACCAGCCCAUGACUGGGACGAGAUCUUAGAGAAAAGCCUCACACAUAGGCAGAACUCUGCACUUAGUUUGUUCAAAUUGGUGAGCUACUGGCAGGAAACACUUCUAACUCAGCUUCACCUUCUGUGCUAGGCAGGGACCAGCAGUAAGGAGGGGAUAAAGGGGAAGCCCCAGUAGAUAAGGAAAUUGAUGGCCACCCUAUCUGGCCACCAGAUACUACUUGGUGAGAGCUGCUUUUCUUGAAAAUGUUUUUCAUUUUAGUGAUCGGGUGGCUUCCCUCUUCCCAUUGCUGAAGAGCAGAUUUGAGGCACCCUUCUCCCUUCCGUAAGUCCCCUCAUCUACCACCCACUCCAGACACUCAGACUUUUUAUUCUCUUUUCUGUAUGCAAGCAGAAGCAAUAAAACCAAUCUGAUUUUAUUCUAGUUAUUCAGAACUUCUGGUUCCUUUUCAGCUGGAAAGAGGAAGGAAAACUAAUAUAACUUGCUGGCAGAUUUUGGUGCUCCCCCCAAAAAAGGGCUUCACAGGAGCCCUUCUCAAAGCAAAAGCUAUCAAGUUAUCAACAUUUUACAACUUACUAAAAUGACUAUCUUGUUUGAGAAACAAGGAAAAAUAGGACCUGUUUUUAGCCCCACAUGCACCUCUUCUCAGAUUCAAGUCUGGCUAAACUCUGUCCAGAAGCUCCAUUACUGAAGAAAUUUGUCUAAGGGCUAGCAGUACCUCUGGGUUGACUUUACAACAAAAGCUAGUGCUGGGCUGGGUGGGGAAUGAACUGAAAGUUAGCUCCUCCUGUGAGAAACCGGAAGCUGACACCUGCAACAGAUACAUAUUUCUCUUUCCCUGUUCCUGGAUAAGCCUUACAGUUUUGAAAUCUUUUCCUUCAAAGCCAGUGUUUAUGACAGAGAUAAGUUCAGAUGAGUUGCUCUCAGAAGGCACUGAGAUGAGUGAGCAGGGCAACAGUUAGUAUCUUUUGCUCUGUUUUUACAUUCUCCUCAGAUGAGCGAGACUGAACCAACAGCCAAUGAGACAUCAACCGUUAAGUAAAGCCCUUGGGUAUAAGUAUUUCCCCCCAGGCAAGUAAGGUGAAGAAAUACAGUGGUGACAGAUGAGAAAAGCCAUGUUCAGAAGAUUUGGAAAGAACAUUCCUCCCUUAUCAGAAAAUGUGGACACAUGGGCUUUCUGUCAGUCUCAGUGCACUGUGGUGUCUACACUUUGAUAAAGACCAUGACCCAGUUAGACUGUGAGAGAAGGAAGGAAGAACUGCACUUUGUUUCAUCAUCAGAACUCUGAGUCGAGUAGUGAGCUAUUUGAACUAUUUUAUGAUCAUUUUGAAUUUUUGUUGGUAAUGCAGGAUAUAUUUUUAUUUAGGGAUAGACUGAGAAGCUACCAAGUACAUAUUAACAAAUGAGUUCAAUUCUAAUGGUUAAAGCUUAGAUGUAGAUUUAUAAAAUAGCUGCCUCUCCUUCUGUGCUGACACCUUUGCCUCAUCCUCAGGACAUGGGUAUGUGGAUGUCAUGAGACACUCCCUACUGGGAGCUUUCCUAGUCAGCCAGUCCAGAAGGCCUUAAAGCUGACUCGCCUUCUCAGUGUGCCGCUGCUGGUGUGGGCCUCUCUUUUAACAAGCUCCCAGCCUGUCCAUUGUCAACAAACAUUCAUAAACUUACAGGCUGGGGCUAGCCUGAUGCUGAUGAAAUUCCAUUCUCUGGCAAAGAAAACUCAUUAUAUUUUUCCCUGAAAUGGUUCCCCCCAAAUGUCCUGAGAUAACCUCUGUGGUCACCUAGUCCGGAAUAGAAACAUGGACCCCCUGGGAGUGGCUGGAGGGGAAUCAGAUUGCCUGUUUCUACCCAGGGGAGGGGCAGAAGAGGGCCUUUAAGAGGCCUCUUUAGGAGGGUCUACCUGGUGCUCUAGAAAGGGCUACACAAUCUAACUUUCAAAGGGUUCCUUCACCACAAAUCUCAGUCUUCAACACAAGUGUGGCUGACUUCAAAUGUUGCAUCUGAAGUGAAAUGCAUGAUGUCCUAAUGUUUUAGCAUGAAUGGUUACUUUGGAUGUUAAUAACCUAUAUUUACUGGCAAAAUGGCCCUCCUGAGCCAAUUUUUUGAUCAAAAUGGACCAGAUAUAGGGAAUUUAGUUUUUAUUCUGUUUCACAUGGAAUAUGAAGUCACCUGAUCAAGAAUCCCCUAGACACUUGAGACUAAUCUAACUCCAAAAAUUCAAGAUAUUGCCAAAGUCAAACUUUUGGAUUCUGGGGAAAUUUUUUAAGUGUAGUUAGCAGCAUCCUCAACAAAUAUUUAUCAAUGGCUUACAUAAUACUGCCUGGGUACCUUAAUAUUCUUAAAUCCUUGAAGAGUCUAAUGAAAAAGAGGAAGGAGUAGUAGCAAAUGAAGCAAACAGUCCAUGAACAAUCGAGAGCAAAAUUUACAACCAUUAGGUUACCAAAUGAUAUCAGAAGGAGAAAAAAUGUGGCCCAUGGAAAUUGUUAAUAGGAUUGUUAAUGCUGUUCCUAUUACUGACUUUAUUGAAGAAUUCUCAAUUUAAAAAAAUAAAAUACUACUGACUUAAAAUAAUCAAAUUAAGCAGAAGUGUAAAUUGGAGAUCCAGUGAGACACUCGGGUGUUGAGAAUUUGCUUUGAUCAUUUAAAAAAAAAAUGAGAAAGUGGCAACUAAAAUAGUCCUGAGGAUUUACAUGGCUUUAAUUGGUUUGGUUGUGAAGCCCUGUGGGAUCCUCUGCAAAUGAGCAAGGUAAUAGCAGCAUUCCACACUCCUUGAGAUAGGCUUUUAGAGACUUCCGUCAUCAAAAAAUGAGUUAACUCCUGUUGAUGAUGAAGUCAUAGGUCCAAGAUAAGCUGUUAGUUUCAUAUCUAGUGUUUAGCACAUGAUAAUCACAUUUGUCAUUUCUCUAUGCAGGCCUUGUAUUCCUGCUUGCAGAGUUCCUGGAGAACUUAAAAUUCAGUCGCCUAAGAUAAGAAAGGGAAUAGCUCACAGUAAUUUCAGUUCUCACCACGAUUGGUUAGGGCCAUACUCUACCAAGGCUUGUCCUAUCUGAUGGCAACAUGAAUCUUGGGAUUAAGAUUGCCAGAAGUAUGUUUUUAGGAACUUCCAGUAGAAAGGCCAACUCAAAAUAUGGAAUGAUAAAGAAUAUGUCUUCCUUUAUCAAAAUCUUUCUAAAGGCCAGAAGAGCAGGUAAGCACCUUUCUAAAUAUGGAAAAGUGGAGAAGAUGGCAGAUGAUUGUGAGGUCAGUGUUUGUCCACAGUGUCAAAUUAGGGGGCCACCGGAGAUUGACCGGCAUACAGUAGAUAAUCUCAUAGCCUUAAGGUUCAAAAGCAAAGCAGGGAUCACUUCUCUAUGAGGAUGAAAGAGAAUGCAGUUAUAUUAUAAGAAACCCAUGAAGUACAUAACUGUGUUUUACAAGAUGAAUCAUAAUGCUUUGCAAUAACUUAAUGCCGUAGUACUUCCUGGCUUAUAAUUCUGCAAGGUAAAGCACUUUUUCAAACGAUUUUAUUAGAAAGUCACAUGAUUUCAGCUGUUAAGCUCAACAAAUGUUUCCAAAGGUAUAAUCAAAAUGUUUUCCUAUUGAUUAAAAAAGUAUAAAUAUUAAACCUAUCCAUAGACUUUUAAGUGUAAUUGAAACAGAUUGUUAUGCUUUAAAAAUGUAUUCUAAUAAAUGAUAUAAAAUAUAAUGCUUAUGAUGGCAAUGUGAAAUAGAGGAGGAAGUGGGAUUAUCAAAAUUAAUAAUAGUUUAGUCUCAUUGUUCUAGUUUGCUCCAUUUCAUGUCAUUUUAUUACUUCAAGGGUUGGU